AGAAGGGAUGGAUAGUAACAUCCAUUUAGGUAGUUUGAUAAGUCGCCAUGAUGAUGAAGCCACAAGAACCUCUACCUCAGAAGGACUGGAGGAGGGUGAAGUGGAGGGGGAGACUCUCCUGAUUGUUGAAUCCGAGGACCAGGCAUCAGUGGACUUGUCUCACGAUCAGAGUGGGGAUUCUCUCAACAGUGAUGAAGGAGAUGUGUCCUGGAUGGAGGAGCAGCUGUCCUACUUCUGUGACAAAUGCCAAAAAUGGAUACCAGCCAGUCAGCUGAGGGAACAGCUCAGUUACCUUAAGGGUGAUAAUUUUUUUAGGUUUACUUGUUCCGAUUGCUCAGAAGAUGGCAAGGAGCAGUAUGAAAGGCUGAAGCUAACAUGGCAGCAAGUUGUCAUGUUGGCAAUGUACAACUUGUCUCUGGAAGGAAGUGGACGUCAAGGUUAUUUCAGGUGGAAAGAGGAUAUCUGUGCUUUUAUUGAGAAACAUUGGACUUUUUUACUAGGGAAUAGGAAAAAAACUUCGACCUGGUGGAGCACAGUAGCAGGUUGCCUCAGCGUGGGAAGUCCUAUGUACUUCCGUUCAGGCGCUCAGGAAUUCGGAGAACCAGGAUGGUGGAAACUUGUUCACAACAAGCCUCCAACAAUGAAACCUGAAGGAGAGAAGCUGUCUGCCUCUGCUUUGAAAGUAAAAGCCUCAAAACCAACUUUAGAUCCCAUCAUUACUGUUGAGGGACUCAGAAAACGGGCGAGUCGCAAUCCUGUGGAAUCAGCCAUGGAAUUAAAAGAGAAAAGAUGUCGGACUCAGGAAGCGAAGGACAUCAGAAGAGCCCAGAAGGAGGCUGCUGGCUUUCUCGACAGGAGCACAUCUUCGACCCCCGUAAAGUUCAUAAGCCGAGGCCGCAGGCCAGAUGUGAUUCUAGAAAAAGGAGAAGUGAUCGACUUUUCGUCCUUGAGCUCCUCUGACCGCACUCCACUGACUAGCCCGUCCCCGUCUCCCUCUCUGGAUUUCUCUGCCCCCGGGACCCCUGCCUCUCACUCAGCCACGCCCAGCUUGCUUUCAGAAGCAGAUCUGAUUCCAGAUGUGAUGCCACCACAAGCCUUGUUUCACGAUGAUGAUGAGUUGGAAGGUGAUGGAGUCAUAGACCCAGGGAUGGAGUAUGUUCCGCCCCCUGCUGGGUCAGCCGCUUCUGGAGCAGUGCCUGGGGGCAGGAAGAAGGUCAGAGCACCUGAACAUAUAAAGCAGGAGGUCGACAGUGAGGAGGAAAAACCUGACAGGAUGGACAUUGACAGUGAAGACACAGAUUCCAACACAUCUUUGCAAACAAGGGCUCGAGAAAAGAGGAAGCCACAGCUGGAGAAGGACAGGAAACCCCAGGGGCCCAAGUACACCCCUGUUAGCAUCUAUGAGGAGAAGCUGCUCCUGAAGAGGCUGGAAGCUUGUCCCAGUGCCGUUGCCAUGACACCAGAAGCUCGGAGACUGAAGCGCAAAUUGAUUGUCAGACAAGCAAAAAGGGACAGGGGAUUACCACUUUUUGACUUGGAUCAAGUUGUUAAUGCUGCUCUUCUGUUAGUUGAUGGGAUUUAUGGAGCCAAAGAAGGAGUUUCUAGGCUUCCAGCUGGCCAAGCCACAUACAGAACCACCUGUCAGGACUUCAGAAUCCUUGACCGAUACCAGACUGCCUUGCCAUCCAGGAAAGGAUUUCGGCACCAAACCACCAAGUUUUUAUACCGUUUAGUGGGAUCGGAAGACUUGGCUGUGGACCAGAGUAUUAUCAGCCCUUAUACUUCUCGGAUCUUGAAACCGUACAUCAGGAGGCGCGAUUAUGAAACAAAGCCACCCAAACUGCAGCUCCUGUCACAGAUUCGUUAUCACCUGCACAGAAAUGACCCUCACUGGAUGCCGGAGCCCGAUGCACCUCUUGAUUACUGCUAUGUCCGGCCAAAUCACAUCCCAACCAUCAACUCUAUGUGUCAGGAGUUUUUCUGGCCUGGCAUUGACCUUUCUGAGUGCCUGCAGUACCCAGACUUCAGUGUUGUUGUCCUGUAUAAAAAAGUUAUCAUUGCUUUUGGCUUCAUGGUUCCUGACGUGAAGUACAACGAAGCUUACAUUUCAUUUCUGUUUGUUCAUCCUGAAUGGAGAAGAGCAGGGAUUGCAACUUUCAUGAUUUAUCAUCUGAUUCAGAGAGAAAAAAGAAUGCUCAGCAUGCCAUCAAUUUUCUCAGUGUUGAUGAAUGCUUCAGGGAAUGUUUUGAUCAGUGGCAAAGUGUCAUUCGGUUUCCAGCUGUUGCCAGACCUGCAUGGGCAAGGAUGUAACUCUUCACGUCUCAGCAAGCAACCCAGCAAUGCUGCUGUACCAGAAGUUUGGAUUCAAGACUGAGGAGUAUGUUUUAGAUUUUUAUGAUAAGUAUUACCCCUUGGAGAGCACAGAGUGUAAACAUGCGUUCUUUCUGAGGCUCCGACGCUGAUGGGACUUAAAUAGAGCUCUUCACAGAGAAACACGUAUGCUUCUACAGACAGGUCUUCACAUAGACCUUACUCAUUGCACUGUGAGUCUAAUCUCUGCGAUUAGAUAUUCAUCGAAACUCUCAACUAAGAUGAGAAAAGAGGUGGGCGGUGGAAUGAGUAGUGACCAGCCCGACAGGAAGAUCACUGUGUCCAGUCCUUUCAGGAGAGGCCUUCACCCCACAUUUUGGGACUCCACAGUUAACUGACACUGAGAUGCUGCUGUCCUCCUUCCAUUGGACAGUUUGUAAGAUUAAAAGUAUCUAAACUGAUACUAUUGGUGAGAAAGAAUCCGACUGUCCUAAUUUAAAGAAUGAGCAAAUGCGAUCACUGUUAAAGAUUCAUGCAGAGUUCUGGGACGAUGAGAGAUUAUGAAAUGGUUAUGUAAAGGGAUGCCAACCCUUUCCCCAGACUUCAUGUGUUGUCACUGAACCCAGCAGGACUUUUAAGUCACGGAGGUUCUGUUGUGUCUCUCUGUCUUUGGUCACAGUCGAAAUAAACUAAGUGCCGUGUCU